AUGACGUCCAGUAAUGCAGCCACACCUACUGCGUCAGCCCCCUCUCCUAGUCCUAGCUUUAACGGUACUCCAACGAGCACAUUCAGCCCUAUGAGUGUUACCGGACCAUCACCUUCUCCUCACCAAAAAUCGUUACCUUCAAUUUCCAUGCUCGAUGGUCAUACGCAGAGCUUUACACUCUUUGACAUGGAACUACUUCAUCAUUACACAACAUCCACAUGCAUGACUUUAUCCCAGAGCCAUAGUAUUGGAACUUUAUGGCGAAUCAAUGUUCCACAGCUUGCUUAUUCCCAUGAAUUUCUGAUGCGGGGUCUGAUGGCAAUUGCGGCUCUUCAUAUUGCUUAUUAUAAGCCUGAAAGAAGAGAUUUUUAUAUCGAAAAAGCUGUAAUUCAUCAUCAACAAGCUUUAUCCACUGCGACUGCCAUGCUUCCUAAUGUCAACGAUGAGAAUUGUACUGCUCUUUACCUGUUUACCUCCCUUACAUUAUUAUACUCGAUAGGAGGUCCUCGACGACCUCUGAAUUUCCUAAUUGUUGGAGAAAACGAUGUUUCGGAUUGGGUAUUCCUUUUGAGGGGAGUCAGGGUCAUAUCAGACCAUGCUCAUGAUAUCAUUUUCAAAGGGAUUCUGGGUCCGAUGAUAAGUGCUGGAGCAAGACGUGAUCAAUUGAGAAAAGAUCAGGACAACAAUCCUCCAAACCAAGAUCUCAUAAAUUUGACCAACUUUCUCUCAAUAUCUACUUCUGAUCCACAGGAUUUGGCGGCAUACAUUUCCAGCAUAAAUGAGCUUCAGAAAUCCUUCAACGUUCUCAAAAAUAGGAACCGUGAUGACUUCGAGCCAACGGAUAUGUUUAUUUGGCCGUAUCGAGUACCUGACCAUUAUUUGUCGCUUCUUCGGCAACGAACUCCCGGGGCUCUUGUUAUAUAUGCAUAUUUUGCCACGCUGUUGAAAUAUCUGGAUUCACAUUGGUGGAUGAAAGGUUGGGCUGAAUAUCUCAUUGCUCAGAUUUAUGGUUUGUUGGAUGAGGAACAUCGAUUAUGGAUCAGAGGACCUAUUGAAGAAAUCGGAUGGGUUCCUUGA